CAAACCUGCACAAUGACCUCCUGAGGGACUGUCUGGCCGUGGCAUGGAUAAUCAGCCUGCUCUCUCUGUGGUUAUGGUCACUAGCUGGGCUAAUAAGAGCAAAGUACUGAGGCUAAUAACAAACAAAUGGGAAUAGAGCAUGGGGAGUAGACAAACUACGGUGCUGCUGCAUCAUGGAUGACUUAACAAUUGUCUGAAUCUAAAAAAGCAAGCCCAGUUUGCUUAUUAAAGGAAAACUCCACCCAAAUACGAUCUCUCAAAAUACAGAAAUCGAAUCAAAUCAUGCGCCGAAAACAACAGGUUACCCUGAAAUACUUACUUACAAGCCAUCAACCAACAAUGCAAUUUUAGUUAAGAAAAAUAUUAAUUUAUUUAUCUUACUAGGCGAGUCAGUUAAGAACAAAUGCUUAUUUUCAAUGACGGCCUAGGAACACUGGGUUAACUGCCUGUUCAGGGGCAGAACAACAGAUUUGUACCUUGUCAGCUCAGGGAUUUGAACUUGCAACCUUUCGGUUACUAGUCCAACACUCUAACCACUAGGCUACCCUGCCGCUACCCUACUAAAUAAACUAAAGUAAAAAAUAAAAGAGCAACAAUAAAAUAACAGUAACGAGGCUAUAUACAGGGGGUACCGGUGCCGCAUUGGUACAGAUUAGUCGAGGUAAUAUGUACAUGUAGGUAGGUGUAGAGUGACUAUGCAUAAAUAAUGGAUAAUAAACAACGAGUAGCAGCAGCGUAAAAAAAGGGGGUUGCAUUCGAUUAGCUGGUCAGCAGUUUUAUGGCUUGGGGGUAGAAGCUAUUAAGAAGUCUUUUGGACCUAGACUUGGCACUCCCGUACCUCUUGCCGUGCGGUAGCAGAGAGAAAAGUCUAUGACUAGGGUGACUGGAGUCUUUGGCAAUUUUUAAGGCCUUCCUCUGAUACCACCUGGUAUAGAGGUCCUGGAUGGCAGGAAGCUUGGCCCCAGUGAUGUACUGGGCCAUACGCACUACCCUCUGUAGCGCCUUGCGGAUAGAGACCUAGUAGUUGCCAUACUAGGCGGUGAUGCAACCAGUCAGGAUGCUGUCGAAGGUGCAGCUGUAUAACUUUUUGAGGAUCUGGGUACACAUGUCAAAUAUUUUCAGUCUCCUGAGGGGGAAUAGGUGUUGUCGUGCCCUCUUCACGACUGUCCUGCUGUGUUUGGACCAUGAUAGUUUGUUGGUGAUGUGGACACCAAGGAACUUGAAGCCCUUAACCUGCUCCACUACAGCCCUGUGGAAUAGAAUGUGGGCGUGCUCGGCCAUCCUUUUCCUGUAGUCCACGAUCAUCUCCUUUGUCUUGAUUACAUUGAGAGAGAGGUUGUUGUCCUGGCACCACACUUCCAGGUAUCUGACCUCCUCCCUAUGGGCUGUCACAACAUUGUCGGUGAUCAGGCCUACCAUCAUUGUGUCGUCAGUAAACAUGAUGGUGAUGUUGGGAGUCGUGCUUGACUACACAGACAUGGGUAAACAGGGAGUACAGGAGGGGACUAAGCAUGCACCCCUGAGGGGUCCCCGUGUUGAGGAUCAGCGUGGCAGAUGUGUUGUUGCCUGCCCUUACCACAUGGGGGCUUGGUGUUCUUCGGCACAGGGACUAUGGUGGUCUGCUUAAAACAUGUAGGCAUUACAGACUCGGCCAGGGACUGGUUGAAAAUGUCAGUUGAGAUACUUGACAGUUGGUUAGCGCAUGCUCGGAGUACACGUCCUGGUAAUCCGUCUGGCCUCGUGAAUGUUGACCUGUGUCAUGGAAAUUCUAAUCAAUAAUGAGGAGAGACAACGUCAAUCACCAAUCAGGAUAUUACUUCAUUCAAAACGUAUUAAUAACAUUGAUUAAUUAUUGAAAUAAUGAAGCUUGUCGACAACCCACCCGUAGGUGAUUAGUUGAGAAGCCCAAAGAGCGGAUUUGAGCCACAGCAUUUUAUAGCAAAGUUCAUCUUCCUGGAUUUUCAUGACAAACAACAGAUGUAUGGAAUGGGUCACAAAGUUAAGAUCCAUAUAGAAGAUACUAAUAAUUCACAGCAAAAAGCAUCUGCUGUAAAAACUUCUCAUUGUGUAGAAACUAGGGUCUGACCCUGAGCCAUCUCUCCCUGGAACCUUCCAGUAAGGCACACAGACAAAUGCUAUGGAAUGUUGUCUUUAUCACCAAUCCAUCGUAAAUCUACAGUCAGUGUUACAUCUCCCAGAGGCCCACUUUCCGUUCACACAGAAACAAUAGACUUAUAAGAACCAUCUAUUCUGUUGCAUAAACAACCAUUUGAUGCAAUAAUAGUAUUAUAACAUAAUCUUGUAAUUUAUUUUCUGACACCUGUUUAAAGGUCUUAUUCACAUUGGCUACAGCGAGCAUGAUCACACAGUCGUCCAGAAUAUCUGGUGAUCGUAUGCAUUCUUCAGUGUUGCUCGCCUUAAAGCGUGCAUAGAAGUCAUUUAGCACGUCUGGUAGGCUUGUGUCACUGGGGAACACUCGGCUGGGCUUCCCUUUGUAGUUCGUAAUAGUUUGCAAGCUCUGCCACAUCCGCUGACCGGUGUAGCAGGAUUCAAUCUUAGUCAUGUAUUUACGCUUUCCCUGUUUGAUGGUUUGUCUCAGGGCACAGCAUCCGAGUUAGAGUCUCGCUCCUUGAAAGAGGAAGCUCUACCCUUUAGAUCAGUGUGGAUGUUGCCUGUAACCCAUGGCUUAUGUACGUAUGGUCACUGUGGGGACAACGUCAUUGAUGCACUUAUUGCUGAAGCCGAUGACUGAUGUGGCAUAACUCCUCGAUGCCAGCUCAGCAUCUGUGUCAUCUGACAACUUCUGUAUUGAGCGAAUCACUGGUACUUCCUGCUUUAGUUUUUGCUUGUAAACAGGAAUCAGGAGGAUAGAAUUAUGGUCCGAUUUUCCAAAUGGAGGGCGAAGGACAGCUUGUAUGUGUCUCUGUGUGUGGAGUAAAGGUGGUGUAGAAUUGUUUUCCCUCUUGUUGCACAUGUAACAUGCUGGUAAAAUUAGGUAAAACAAAUGUAAGUUUCCCUGCAUUAAAGUCCCCGGCCACUAGGAGCGCCUCCUCUGGAUGAGAAUUUUCUUGUUUGCUUAUGGCUUUAUACAGCUUGUUGAGUGCGGUCUUAGUGCCAGCAUCGGUUUGUGGUGGGUAAAUAGACAGCUAUGAAAAAUAUAGAUGAAAACUAUCUUGGUAAAUAGUGUGGUUUACAGCUUAUCAUGAGAUACUCUACCUCAGGUGAGCACAACCUCAAGACUUCCUUAAUAUUUGAUUUUGCACACCAGUUGUUAUUGACAAAUCGACAUAGACCGCCACCCCUUGUCUUACCGGAUGCAGCUGUUCUGUCUUGCCGAUGCAUGGAAAAAAUAGCCAACUGUAUAUUAUCCAUGUCGUCUUUCAGCCACGGCUCGGUGAAACAUAAGAUAUUACAGUUUCUAAUGCCCUGUUGGUAGGAUAGUCUUUAAUGGAGCUAAUCCAGUUUAUUCUCCAAUGAUUGCAUGUUGGCCAAUAGGAUGGAUGGUAGAGGCGGGUUACACACUCGCCGACAGAAUUCUCGUAUUGGCGUCUUCUCUUCAUGUGAAUGGCGGGGAUUUGGGCCUGGUCGGGUAUCUGGAGUAAAUCCUUCGUGUCCAACUUGUUAAAGAAAAAAUCUUUGUCCAGUUCGAUGUGAGUAAUCGCUGUUCUGAUAUCCAGAAGCUCUUUACGGUCAUAAGAGACGGUGGCAGAACCAUUAUGUACAAAAUAAGUUACAAACAACGCAAAAACCCCCACAAAAUAGCACAAUUGGUUAGGAGCCCGUAAAACAGCAGCCAUCUCCUCCGGCACCAUUUUUUCUAUGCAUCCCCUUAUGAUGCAAAAUGCAUCAUACAGGGAUGAUUUCUGUAUUUUGAAAGUUACAUAUUUUGAAAACUUGAUUGUUGACAAGCAAAACAUUUCGGGACUAUGUCAACAAUGGAUGAAUGAAACAAAUACCAAAAUAUUUUGGGGUGGAAUUGUCCUUUAAAGAUCAGUGAUGGAAGUUAACCAUAAUACUGUAAUGAGGAAGAGAAGACCUGCGCCUGUUCCUGGUUAGAGGCACGGGCAAGCCCAUGCUUGUACGUUUCACAAGAAUAGGUUCCUGGACCCUAUUGCCCUGCUGUAAUGACCUCUCUUGUUAGCUUCAUAGAUACGCAGCUCUUCAUUAGAAUACAAAGCCUCUAGCCUCUACUGGAAACCCCACUAUCAGAGAUGGGGGCUUCUUCUGCACCAUUCAAUUUGGCUUGUUUAAGGUUCUAACACACACUUUAUGCAACUUUAUUGAAACAGAAUACAACAUUUAUGUGUGUUCAGUAUACUGAUGCUUUAUGCUUUAUGCUUUAUUUCAAGCUUGGCUGUUUUCCCCCUGAAAUAUAAUGUUGAUGACUGAAGAAAACAGGAAAGUUGUAUACAUCAAAAGUAUUCUGUUUAAUUUACUUCAGUCAAACUUUAUUGAUUGCCACCAAUAUGCCAUUUCAGUUAUUAGUAGUUCAUCCUCUCACUAUCACUAGUCAACUGCCUUGGCCUGUAGUAAUGGUAUUGAACCAUGCAGCUCCACAGCACUACUUCUGAUUGUUCACAUUGUGUUUCCCCACCUAUCAUGUAAGAGAGAAGAGAAAUGCAUUUACUGAACUUGCUAGAACUUCAAGACUACCAAGGACCUACCAAAAGCUAAACUGUACCAUCGUGAUAGAGACGCUGGGAUCACCCAGCACUAAAAAAAAUGUUAGCAGUUGGUUGUGCUGAUCCUUUUGAGUUAAAUGUAAUGUCAAAAUGUACAUUUCCACCUAAAUAGACAUACCCAAAAGGAAUUAUUUAUCAUGUGCCAUAAAAAAAUACCUAGUUAUGGGCGGCAGGUAGCCAAGAGGUUGGGAAUGUUGGGCCCGUAGCUGAGCCGACUAGGUGAUACAGUUGAAGUCGAAAGUUUACAUACACUUAGAUUGUUUUUCAACCACUCCACAAAUGUCUUGUGAACAAACUAUAGUUUUAGCAAGUCGGUUAGGACAACUACUUUGUGCAUGACACAAGUAAUUUUUCCAGCAAUUGUUUACAGACGGAUUAUUUCAUUUAUAAUUUCAUUUAUAAUUCACUGUAUCAGAAUUCCAGUGGGUUAGAAGUUUACAUACACUAAGUUGACUGUGCAUUUUAAACAGCUUUGAAAAUUAUAGAAAAUACUGUCAUGGCUUUAGAAGCUUCUGAUAGGCUAAUUGAGUCAAUUGGAGUCAAUUGGAGGUGUACCUGUGGAGAAAUGAGAAAUGCAAAUCAAUCCCAGAACAACAGCAAAGGACCUUGUGAAGAUGCUGGAGGAAAGGGAUACAAAAUUAUCUUUAUCCAUAGUAAAACAAGUCCUAUAUUGACAUAACCUGAAAGGCCACACAGCAAGGAAGAAGCCACUGCUCCAAAACCGCCAUAAAAAAGACAGACUACGGUUUGCAACUGCUCAUGGGGACAAAGAUCGUACUUUUUGGAGAAAUGUCCUCUGGUCUGAUGAAACAAAAAUAGAACUGUUUGGCCAUAAUGACCAUUGUUAUGUUAGGAGGAAAAAGGGGGAGGCUUGCAAGUCGAAGAACACCAUCCCAACCGUGAAGCACGGGGGUGGCAGCGUCAUGUUGUUUGGGUGCUUUGCUGCACUUCAAGACAUCAGUCAGGAAGUUAAAGCUUGGUCGCAAAUGGAACUUCCAAGUGGACAAUGACCCCAAGCAUACUUCCAAAGUUCUGGCAAAAUGGCUUAAGGACAACAAAGUCAAGGUAUUGGAGUGGCCAUCACAAAGCCCUGACCUCAAUCCCAUAGAAAAAUUGUGGGCAGAACAGAAAAAGCAUGUGCGAGCAAGGAGGCCUACAAACCUGACUCAGUUACACCAGCUCUGUCAAGAGGAUUGGGUCAAAAUUCACCUAACUUAUUGUGGGAAGCUUGUGGAAGGCUACCCAAAAAGUUAAACAAUUUAAAGGCAAUGCUACCAAAUACUAUUUGAGUGUAUGUAAACUUUUGACCAACUGGGAAUGUGAUGAAAUAAAUCAAAGCUGAAAUAAAUAAUUCUCUACACUUAUUUUGACAUUUCACAUUCUUAAAAUAAAGUGGUAAUCCUAACUGACCUAAAACAGGGAAUGUUUACUAGGAAUAAAGGUCAGGAAAAACUGAGUUUAAAUGUAUUUGGCUAAGGUGUAUGUAAACUUCCGACUUCAACUGUAAAUCUGUUGAUGUGCCCUUGAGCAAAGCUCCUGCAAGUUGCCCUGGAUACGAGUGUCUGCUAAAUGACUUAAAUGUAAUGCUUAUACUGCCAGAAAUAUUAAAAUUGCACUUUUCUAGUAAAAAUAGUUAUAUUGCUCACUUUUGAGUACAAAAGCUUAAUACACAGUGUAAAAAAUAUGAUGAAAAUAUGAAAACACAUAUAAUUUUUUACCUUUUCAACAAAAGUGGGCUCGAAAUGAAUUAAGUGGUUUCAAAAUAUAGUAACAAUCAAAUUAUAAACGACUUAUUUCAUCUUUCUUAUAACAGUAAAAUAAAUAUGUUCAUACUUAGUGACUGUACAAAAUUGUCCCCAUUUAAUUUAAUUGAUGACAUAAAAUGUUCUGUUCAGCAACCCCAGACGCCAUUUUUUUUUUAAAUCAAAUUUUAACUAGCUAGGCAAGUCAGUUAAGAACAAAUUCUUAUUUACAAUGACGGCCUACCGGGGAACAGUCGGUUAACUGCCUUGCUCAGGGGAAGAACGACAGGUUUUGUUUACCUUGUAAUCUCGGGAAUUAUGAUCCAGCGACCUUUCGGUUACUAGCCCAACGCUCUAACCACUAAACUACCAGCCGCUCCAGCAUUCAAAUGCCUGCUAACUAAUUAUAACUUCAGCUUUAAGCACUAUGUGAUUUCAUCCCUCUGUGACGAAGAAAAAGUGGAAUUGUUUCAAUUGCCAGGCUCUCCAUUUCAAAUCCCUCAUAUGCCUUAUUGUAAACGGAGCUGCAAGGGUCACCGCCAGAGGAAGUCGAUCCUUUGUCUGGAUAGGCCAGAAAAUGUGACAUGUCGCUCUCUAUGCAAAUAUUUAUCAUGGUGUGAGAUUUCACAUACUGUAUCUCAGACGAGAGCAGAGAGCGUCAUGCGAAGCGGGACAACCAGAGCUUUCACGGAGUAACGGCGAUUGAUGUUGCGUCACUUACCGAGUGCUCUGUACACAAAAAUGUCAGUCGGAAACGGGCCAGAAGCGCUCAAAAUCUCCUAAAUAGAUAACUUAAUGCUUAAGAUUAAUACACAACUGUGAACACGGCACAUGAUGGUUACUGAGUUGAGUUCUCUAAAUCUAGCUGUUGAGGAGGAAAUUAUGUCAGCCAAACAGCAAACAAAUAUCAGUGUUGAUAUAGAACUUUAGCGUUUUUUAUUUAUUUAUCCUCUUCAAAAAAUGAUUAAUCGCCUGAGUUUCCAAAGAGACAUUUAAAUACAAAAUAUUGGUCUACAUCUCACAUUUGGAUAACCUAUAAUGUAUUUCAGUCAAUAAGUAAGUAGUUGGGAGUUUUGCCAGCCUUGUAAAGCAAGACACAGCAUCGUCUUGGCUCAGUCUGGACCACAACGUUCAGGUUGGAUUUUAUCCAAUGACGCUGUCACACUGCCCAUGCACAUCAAUGAAGCUCUCAUACGGAAAAACAGUCAAAAUGGUUAGAUGAAAUCGACCUUUAAUGCAGAAAUAGUUUUAGAGGAAUAUCAGAUUUUCCCUUUUUCCCUGUGUAUUAUUAAUUAGGCCUAUAACUGCUAAUCAAACAAUGAAACUCAAGAGUCGACUCGUUUAAUAAUAAUAGUGCUAUGUUAUAACAUCAUUGAACAAAAAUAUUUUAUACAUUUGUUAAAAUUCUGAAAUUUCAAAAUUACUUUCAUAACGUUAUUUUAUUGGUGUUUUUUCCCCAUUCUUGCUGAUUUUGAUGGUGUUUUUUAUUUGAUUUGUCAUUGCACUCACUCACUCAUUGUUAUGAGUGCUCUGAUUCAUAACUUUGGACCAGUAUAAUGAAAUAUUUACCUGCCUUGAGACUCAUAAACACAUUUCAGGGGAACGGCACCAUUUCACGCUAUCACAAACAUUUUAAAGCAUGAAGUGCACUGCCUGUCAUUGCUUGUCACUUUUGGGAUGUUCAUAAUAUAUUUUUGUUUCUCCGGUAGACAUACUUUGCCACUCUUACCAGAUGAAUAGGUAAAUAACGCAUAUUUCUCAUGAUAAUGUAGAAAUAUACAGGGGAAGAACGUAACUAUGAUUCCGGCCUAUUUUUGUUGAUAUUUAUAUGAGCAUGUGGCAAUGCAUCAUUAAGAUAAUAAACAAUUAACAUUGGUGUGAUAUCUACACAAAUAUAUCACAUAAAGUAAAAUGUUAUCAAAUAAGGACUGGCUGAUUGUCUCUGAAAGCAAAUUGGGUUUAUGGGCAAAGCCCUCAUGAUUAUCCUAAUUAAGAGCUGUCUAAUUAAAUUAUUGUCUUGAGCUAACCAAUAGCAAUAGUUGUUUCAUUAGCAAUGCAUGAAGAGUGAUGAAUAGCAAAACCUUCCUGAUUGCAGGAUAGUGUCAAUUGGCUCAUUUGCUCUUACUCAAGGUGACUGAAAACAUAGGAAGGCGAUUUUUUUGCGUGUCUUAUAUAGAGUUAGGAUUGAACAAAAGCUUGCGAUUCCAUAUAGUUUGCGUUAAUAGUGUUGAGAGCUAUGCAGCUCGAGAAUUGCACUAGUGGGCUCUCCAAGAAAUGUCUGAAUGUGGGCAGUGGCUACCCAAGCUCCGAUGGAUCUGAGCUAUCCUUGCAGGACCAUCCUAUUAUAUCUGCUAGUGACAACCUGGAGAGAAGUUCAACUCUGAAAAAAAAUUCCAGUGGGAUGACGAACCAGUCAGAUGCUGACAAUUUCCCCGACUCCAAGGACGCAUCAGGGGACGUCCAGAGAGGUAAACUCUCUCCUGAUCUCCACGGAGUCUCUGAAAUUCGUCAUAAUGUCGAUGGAUCUACAGGAGAAAGGUAUACCCUUUCGCAAUCUAGCCAACCACAGUCAGUCUCAGCAACUCCAAGUGCUAUGUUCCCCUAUCCGAGUCAACAUGGACCAGCGCACCCGGCUUUUUCUAUCGGGAGUCCGAGUCGUUAUUUGGCCCACCAUCCAGUCAUCACUAAUGGAGCGUACAAUAGUCUUCUGACCAACAGCUCUCCGCAAGGCUACCCAACCGCGGGUUACCCAUACGCACAACAGUAUGGACACACUUAUCAAGGAGGGGCGUUCUACCAGUUUUCCUCGGCGCAAGCUGGGCUGCUGCCUGGGAAAGCGCAAGUGUAUCUGUGCAACAGGGCCCUGUGGCUGAAGUUUCACAGACAUCAAACAGAGAUGAUAAUCACCAAACAAGGACGACGAAUGUUCCCCUUUUUGAGUUUCAACAUUUCUGGUCUGGAUCCGACGGCGCACUACAACAUAUUUGUGGAUGUUAUUCUUGCUGAUCCAAAUCACUGGCGAUUCCAAGGUGGCAAGUGGGUACCAUGUGGCAAAGCGGACACCAAUGUCACAGGAAACAGGGUGUACAUGCACCCUGACUCUCCAAACACUGGUGCGCACUGGAUGCGCCAAGAAAUCUCAUUUGGAAAGCUGAAAUUAACGAACAAUAAAGGAGGCUCAAACAACACCGGACAGAUGGUGGUUCUACAAUCGCUUCACAAGUACCAGCCCAGGCUCCAUGUGGUGGAAGUCAACGAAGACGGAACCGAGGACUCCAGCCAACCUGGAAGAGUACAGACGUUCACCUUCCCAGAAACACAGUUCAUCGCAGUCACAGCUUACCAGAAUACCGAUAUUACCCAGCUAAAAAUCGACCACAAUCCAUUUGCUAAAGGAUUUCGGGACAACUAUGACACUGUCUACACAGGUUGCGACAUUGACCGGUUAACACCAUCACCGGGUGACUCGCCUCGCUCUCAGAUCAUGCCUGGUGCGAGAUAUGCCAUGGCUGGUUCUUUCCUACAGGACCAAUUUGUCAGCAGUUAUGCCAAAUCUCGCUUUCACCCUGGCGUAGGGACUGGACCUGGCACGGACCGCAGCGUCCCACUUAGUAACAGCUUGCUAUCCCCGCAACAAACCGAAGAGCCCACAGUUGCAUCCCCGCAGCGAUGGUUUGUCAACCCUGCCAAUAACCGACUGGACUUUGCCGCCUCGCCAUACGAUGCUGCCGCGGCUGCUGAUUUUGCCGGUAACGCGGCCACCCUGCUGUCCUAUGCAGCAGCUGGAGUAAAGACACUUCCACUGCCCACUACAGGGUGCUCAAACAGACCUCUAGGUUACUAUGCCGACCCUUCCGGCUGGGGCACACACACACCACCCCAGUACUGCAGUAAGUCUAGCUCUGUGCUCUCUUGCUGGCCAACAAAUUCUGUUGGCAGAACAGGCACGUCCAACUACCUGGUUGAUAACGCGGACACCAUCCCAACAGAAAGGUCACCCAUCGGAGGGUCUAACGAGGCAAAAUCAAAAGACUUAUCCGAAUCAGGCUGGAUAGAGACGCCGUCUUCAAUCAAGUCGAUUGAUUCAAGUGAUUCUGGUAUCUUUGAGCAAGCUAAACGGAGAAGAAUUUCACCGUCUGCCACACCGGUUUCGGAAACAGUGUCCCCGUUGAAAUCUGAGAUCUUGCCUCCAAGAGAGUGUGAGAAAAAUUGCGUUAAGGACAUUGGUUACUAUAGUUUCUAUCCACACAGUUAGACAACCACAAAACGGGGGGGGGGUUCUAUCUUUAUAUGCAACUGAUAAUAUCCAACUGAUAGGCCGAUCAGCCGAUCAGUUGUAAUGCACACCCUGUCUUGGACCAAUAUAGACGAACGAUUAAAAAAUGUCGGCUUGUAGCGCAUAGGCCUACUGGGAAAAUUUAGGCGACGUUUACAUUUAACAUGAUUAGUUUGCUAUCUAAUAGCUGAAGGCCUACAUGCCUAUUUAUUUCAUUUAAACUAGCUUUAAUCAACAGCUAUUGUCUAUUGUAAUUAUGAAAAUGAUGUACAUAAUAAGCUAUUUAAACAUUUUGUGAUAUUGUGAAAUGAUUGUAAACUAUUGAAUUGAUUUGUAAGAUUCUGAAGAAUAGAAAUCGUUGUUAGUUGUGUUUUAAAAACGCACAUCGUAGGCCUAUGAUAUAGUCAAGUGAUCUCAUACAAUGUGAUUUUUUUUAAAUGGAGAGAGAGUCUAUGAUGGCUAUUUCGUUGUGUAACAGAGUGAGAUCUGAGUACAUGUUGCCUAAUUAUUUAUGUUCCCAUUGUAGUACUCUUUGCCCAUAAUGUUCAAUCACAGUGUCCGUAGAAAACAAUCAGAUGUUAGACAUUUGAGGACACAGCCAUUUGAUCAAAUUCAAAAUAAGAAAGACUUUCAUUAUAGGUGUGGUAAUAAACGUUAUACCUGUUAAUAUAGUGUAAUUUUUACUACAUUACUAAGAGAAAAAACAUGUAAUUUUCAAGUCUUUCUCUGACCAUCCAUCAUUUUUUUUAUAGCUUGUGUUUUAUGUGGAAGCUUCUGUAUCUGCUGUAAUGUGCUUCAUUGCAAUAAACGAUAUAAAAGCUAAUUACCUGGAGCAAGAAGCUAUCAUCUUUCUAAAUCCAAACUAGCCUAUGCAUGUACCAAUGAUGAAAUAAUGAAUUUUUGUGGCUCAAGUUCAUAUCGAUUGGCCUACAGGUCACCGGUAUAAAA